UACCGAUGGCGCUAGUACAGACAGUUCUUCUACUGAUGGCGCUAGUACUGAUGGUUCUUCCACUGAUGGAUCUUCUACCGAUGGCACUAGUACUGAAGGAUCAACAGAAGAUCACAGUGUAACAAGUACUGAUACAUCAUUGACAACAGUGACAGCAUAUGAUGAUGAAAACGAAGAAAAUAAACAAACACCAGAGACAACUACAGUUCCUCAAAAUGUUAAUGACAAUGAAGAAGAUGAAGCUAUUGAAGAUGGGGAUGUUAAAAUAACAACAACAACAGUAAAAACAACUCCAAAAGCAGCGAGUGAUAUAGACGACACAUCAGAUGAUGUUGAAUAUUAUGAUGAGAAUAAAGAGGAAGAAGGACAUUCAACUCCUGAAGUAUCACCCGUUCCAACUCCGACAAACUCUACUCAGCCAUCACACGUUGAAAUUCGUGUGAUUGUAAGCCCAACAGAUGUAAAAGUUCAACGCGGUCAAACAGUUGAAUUAACUUGUACUGUUCAUACUGGUGAUCCAAAUAUAAAUAUUUACUGGAUUCAAGAAGAGCCUGAACGACGUUACGCUUCACUAGAUCCAGCUCAACCAAAUGAUAAACAAGUAAAAGGAUCGCAAGUUAUAUCAAAAGCGCGUAUUACACUUGAUGAUCCAAGUAAAAUUGGUAAAUAUACAUGUAUGGCACAAGAUAAUGCUGGAAACAGUGGUGCAGCUAUUGUUACUAUGCAAGAAGUUGAUGGUGGGUAUCAUCCGCAACCCGAAUACCCAGAUGUUCAACCCUCACCGGGUGGUAGAAGAGCUUUACAUAUUAUUGCACCAGAUAUGAGUGAAGGUGAUUAUGUUGAAAUUAAAUGUGAAGGCGCAGAGCCAGAAGAUGAAUCACGUAUUCAAUGGUACUUCAAUAAUCGAUUAAUUGAUAGUUCGCUUAUUACUGAUGAACAACCACUUUAUCCACGUGGCAAAACUCUUCAUAUUCGUCCAAUUUCGAGAUCAUAUUUGGGCAAUUAUCGUUGUUCUAUUCCGGAGAGUAAUUAUAUAGAUGCUAAUAGUGUUUUGACAUUUGCGGGACUGGCACCAGCGCCAGUUGACCCUGUUGGACCAGUACCACCAACCGGUCAAUGUCGUGAUGAUGAGGCACACUGUCGUAAUGGUCGAUGUAUUCCUCGCUCAUAUAUUUGCGAUGGUAAAAAUGAUUGUGGUGACAACAGUGACGAAACAUGCGGACGUUCUGAUGUAUGUCAACCAAAUGAAAUUCACUGCUCAAAUCCUAACCGUGGAAGAAAAUGUGUUCAGAAGUUUUGGAUGUGUGAUGGUGAUCGUGAUUGUGAUGAUGGAAGUGAUGAACAACAACAUUAUUGCGAAUUACUUCCACGACAACGUUAUUGUAAACCAAGUGAAUUUCAAUGCCAUGGUGUUAAUGAUUCAUAUGGAAAUCCAGUAUGUAUUCCACGAUCAUUUCAAUGCGAUGGUUAUAGUGAUUGUCCUGAUCGUUCGGAUGAAGUCGGUUGUGUUAAGCCAACAAUUAUUUCGCCACCAGAACGUCAAAUUCAGAUCCAUCCUGGUGAAACAUUAACUAUUCGAUGUACUGCUCGUGGUUCUCCAGCACCAUAUAUUAAUUGGCGUCUCAAUUGGGGACAUAUAUGUGGUGAUGGUUCUGAUAAUGGACGUUGUACAAUGGCGCAAGCUUUAGAUGCAAAUGAUCCAACAGUUGUUAUUGGUACACUUACAAUUCGUAACAUCAAUCGAAAUGAUGCUGGUGCUUAUUCAUGUGAAGCUCUUAAUAAUCAAGGUUUUACUUUUGCUAUUCCUGAUGCCAUUGUUCAUGUUAUUAUUGAUGUUCCUAGACCACCAGCAUGUAAUUGUCAUGGUCAUUCAGUAUAUUGUACACCAGAUGGAAUAUGUCAAAAUUGUCAACAUAAUACAGCUGGUCAUUAUUGUGAGCAUUGUGCUGCAGGUUAUCAAGGAGAUGCUCGUGGUGGAACACCUUACGAUUGUCAACCAAUACCCCCCGCUCCUUCAACACGUUCGUAUUUUGAUUAUUAUUUAAAAACAAUAAAAAAAAAUGAUUUGAUUUCUAUAUGUCAAAUAGAUUGUGAUCCAUCUGGUACACAUACGGAACGUAAUGGUCGUUGUGUUUGCAAGUACAAUGUUCAAGGUGAACAAUGUAAUCAAUGUAAACGUAGUCAUUUCUAUUUAAAUCCAACAACACCAAAUGGCUGUUUACCAUGUUUUUGCUCGGGUGUAUCAAGUGACUGUAGAUCUACGGAAUGGCGACGACAACCUACUUCACUUCCAUUAAAUAAUUGGAGUGCUGUACCAAAGAACUUUGCUAUUGAUCCAUAUGAAGCACGUGAUCAUAUUCAACAACGUCAUGGUGGACAUGAAAUAUCUCUUGAUCAAAGUUCAUUAGGUCGAUCAAAUAAUGAAGUUCUUUAUUGGAAAGCACCGAAAGAAGUUCUUGGUGAUUUUGUUACAUUAUAUGAUGGUAAUAUUGAUAUACACUUUACUAAUGAUGGUAAUGAACAUGAAGCACCAAGUAAUGAUGAAUUGAUUUGGUUACGUGGUAAUAAUAUUGAUCUCGUUCAUAAACUUCCUUCAACACAACGAUUUCAAGCAAAUCGUAAUGCAACUUAUUCAGUACCAUGUAACGAAAGAACGUUUACACGUAAAGAUGGUACACAUAUUGAUCGAGAAAAUAUUCUUAUGGCUUUAUCAGACUUGGAUACUUUGCUUGUUAAAAUAAAUCCAAUUGGUGGUCGACGUAACGCUGUUCUCCGUGGUGUUACUUUACAUGCUGCUAAACCUGAUGGUUAUGCUGAGGCAGCACCAACAGUUGAAUCCUGUCGUUGUCCAGCUAAUUAUACUGGUACAUCAUGUGAAAAAUGUGCCGAAGGUUAUGGUCGUCCACAUCCAUUAGUUGGUAUUUAUUUGGGUCAAUGUUGGUCUUGUCGAUCAUUGUGUCAUGAACGAUCAGAUCAAUGUGAUCGAGAAACUGGCAGAUGUUUGAAUUGUCAAGGUAAUAGUGACGGUGAUCGAUGUGAACGAUGUCGUCCCGGCUAUGUACUUGACGGACGAAGCCAUCAAUGUGUACGAGAUGACUACUAUCAACCAUAUCCACAACCAGAGCCACAACCAGAACCACAACCAGAGCCACAACCAGAGCCACAACCACAACCAUCAGAUGAUACUGAUGUUCAAGGCACAUUUUACUUCGAUCAAAGACCAUAUGACCCACGUAAUCCAACACCAUUGAGUAUUGUUUUGGAUGGUAAUCUACCAGAACAACGCCUUCCACUUCAAAUUCAUCAUGUUGAACCACACUCGGUUGUAUGGGGUCGUACUGAUGGUAGUCCAUUACCAGCAAAUGUUUUUCAAGAAGGUAAUGAUCUUAUCUUUCGACAUCCAACAUCUGACCAAGCUGGAAAUUAUAUUUGCACAAUAACACAUCCUAAUGGCUUUAUUCAACGUAUUCCUAUUUAUGUAAAUUAUCGUCCAGGUGAAUGGAUCUAUGAUCGUCAUCCACCAGUAUUUAGUCCAGCAAGUCCAUUAUCAAUUAAUGAAGGUGCAAGUCAACUAAUUCAAGCUCCAAGUGACUUUUAUAGAGUUCAAUGUACACGUGCUGAUGGUCGACCACUUCCAUCAGGUAUUCAACAAAAUGGUAAUGCUUUAGAAAUCACUCGUGCACAUCCUGAUCAUUCGGGUAAUUACAAUUGCGAAUUAUAUACUGCUGACGGUAGAUCAGCUCGGGCUCCAUAUGACAUUCAUGUACGACCCAGUGAACGACAUCCAUCAACUGGUGAAGACAAAUUAAAAAAUCAAACAGACUCACAACAAAUUAUGAUAACAAAAUUUCCUAAACGGAAAGGUACUCCACCAAGAGUGACUAUUCAUCCACGAACAAUUAACUUAAAAGAAGGUCAACGUAUGAUUGUUCAAUAUACAGUUGCUUCACAUGAUCCAAUUCAAGUCGUUUGGCAUAAAUUAACUGAUCAAGGUUAUCAACCAAUUCCAUCAUUAUUUACUGUUGAACCAAAUCGUCUUGUUCUUAAUCGUGCCACACCUGACGCAGCUGGUACUUAUCAAGUUACUGUAAGCAAUCCACAUGGCGAAGAUCGACAAGAAUUACACAUUAAUGUCGAACCAAGACGUGGUGGUCGUAAUCGUGGUCAGCAAGGAGCUGCACCACAAAUUGAUUUUCCAGAAGCACGAUAUGAAAUUGGUAAUGGUGAAAAACUUGAUAUAGUACCAAAUCUUUAUAAUGUUCAUGGAGGAACCUUAACAUGGUCAAAAGAUGGUUCAACAGAUUUACCUGAUGGUGUAACUGCACGUAAUGAUGGUGCGUUACAUAUUGAAGGUCGAUCAAAUGAUGUUGCAGGAAAAUAUACUCUUGAUGCAGCUAAUGCUCAUGGUCGAGCAUCAAAAUCUCUUAAUGUUUCGUGGAAAGAAACAGUUGAUGAUAAUGAUGGUUCGCGUAGUUAUAUUGAUGUUCGUCUUUUAUCACGUGAUGAUAUAGAAAAUCUUCAAGUCGGACGUGAUAUUCAUUUACACUGUGCUGUUCAUGGUAGUGUUGAACGUCCAUAUGAAUAUACAUUUACAAAAGAUGGUCAACCAUUAGAACAUAAUGUUGAAGUACAUCCAAACGGUGAAUUAAUUAUUCGUAAUGCUCAAGCAAGUGAUGCUGGACAUUACCGAUGUGAAGUUGCUUUCCCACGUGCACCUGGAGUCCGAACACAACAAAGUACUUAUGAUCUUCAACUUUCAGGUGGUUCAGCAGGAGGUUAUGAACAAAGUCAUCAAGAUGGACAUGAGCAUGCUCAAGCAUCUGAUCAUAUUGAAGUGAUUGCUGAACCAUCCGAAGUAAAUCUUGGACGUGGUGAAGAAGCAACAAUCACAUGUCGAGUUAAUGGUGCUGACCAAUAUAAAGUAACAUGGGGCAAAUAUGCACAUGAUACAAGUCUUCCAAACUAUGCCCAUCAAGAAGGAAAUAAUGUUAUAGUAGCACCAACACAGGAUUCACCUGCUGAACAAAUAUACUUGCAAUGUCAAGCUAAUGUUCCAGGUCAUGAUCAACCACAUCCGGCUUUUGUACGAGUCAAUGUCCGCGGCGAAGAUGAGUCGACUAUUCGUCUUAAGCCGAAAUUAUUAAUUGAACCAUCAACACAUAUUCGCAUAUCAAAAGGAGACAAAUUGCGUAUAAAAUGUUUUGAUCCAUAUGAAACUUACUCAACGACAAUUAGUUGGUUUAGAUUUAGUAAAGACUCUACAUUGAUAAUAUUGCCAAAUCAACAUUCAAAUGGUAUUCUUGAUUUCGACCCCGUAUUAGAUUCAGAUAUUGGCCAAUACAUCUGUCGCGGUGAAAAUCAAGUUGGUUUUGCUGAAGAAAUAGUUACACUUGAGCUAACUGGAUCUGCCCCUUCUAUUAUCAUCUUACCAAAGGUAACUAAUCGGUACCUUCAAGUGCCAUACUAUUCAACUCAAACUAUCGAAUGUCUAAACGAAGAUAGUAGCACAACAGUUGAUAUCACUUGGCGUCGUGCAGAUAAUAAUGAUCGGGACAUAUCAAAAACAGCAACACUUUUUCCAUCUAAUAUGCCUUUACAAUUCGAACAUAGUGGUACAUAUAUAUGUAUUGCUACAAAUAAAUAUGGUACUACUUCAGAAACUAUUACUCUUGAUGUUCAACAAAUAUCGCAUGAAAUUUCAAUUGAUAUUGAACCUACAAAUAUAUUUUUGGUUAAUAGUGAAAUACGUUUUAAUUGUAAAUUACCACAAUCAAAUGAUAUUUGGUGGUCAUCUAUAAAUCAGCAUCAACGAGAAAAUAAUCCACUUACAAUUCAUGUAGGAUCAGAUCAUAUUAAUAGAAAAUUUACAUGUCAUGCAAAAGAUAUUAAUGGAAAAUUACAUAGCAAAAUAAUUCGUAUUCAACGUUAUUCAGCAGAACAAUUAAUGGCAGUUAUUAUUAACGAUGAAGUUGCAAGAAGUUUACCAUCUAAUCAACGAAAAACCAAAACACCUAAAAUUCAUAUUAAAUUAAUUACUGCUCGAACGGAUAUUAAAGUAGGUGGAGUAGUUGAAUUACAUUGUUAUGUUGAAGGUAUUUUACCUAAUAAUUUGUCUUGGUCAUUUCAAUCAGGUUUAUUGCCAAGCAAUACACAUGUAACAAAUGAUGGUCAUUUAUUAAUUUUCAAUUUCGAUACAGACAAUCUUGGGACAUAUAUUUGUUCAGCCGAAACUCCUAUUAAACAUCUUUCAAAAUCAAUUGAAUUUCAACCAAAUGAUAUAUCUAAUAAUAAUAUAGGACCAUCUCUUUCAUAUCAAGUCUAUUCAUCUCGUUCGGAUUAUCGUGUUGGUGGUCGUCUUCUUAUUGAAUGCUUUGUUUCCGAUCCUAAUCUAUCAAAGAUAUGGAUAAAAAAACAAGGCAAAGUAAAUAAAAAUAUAUCGGAAACUUAUCUUUUUAUUGAUAGACUAAGUCAAAAGAAUAUUGGUCACUAUAAAUGUUUAUCAUCAAAUGAAAACCAACAAUCAUCAAUCGAUUUUAACAUUACACAUUCGAAUCUUCGUUCUCAGAUAUUUCCAUUACAAAAGACAUCAAAUCUUCAUAUUGAAUUUCUUUCAUCACUUAAUCAAAUAAAACUUGGUGGAAAUAUUCUUAUUAAUUGUUCAUCAUCUGAUAAGAGACCAGUACAAUGGUUAUUAAAUAAACAAAUAGAUGAAAUAAUAAUAAAUAAUUCUUAUCUUCAUAUUCCAAAAUUUUCAAAUAAUCAUUUUGAUUAUUAUCAUUGUAUAAAUGAAAACGACCGAAAAGAUUUAGUCUUAUCUCCAAGUUUAUUUGAAUUUAUGACAAAUUUAAAUUUAAAAAAAAUAAAUCCAAUUAAGUACGAUAAAUCUUUUAUUGAAAUUAUUGAAGGAAAAUAUAUUGGAGAUAAUAUUACUUUAAUAUGUCGAAUAGGACGAGAUGUAUCACAAGGAAAAGUAGUUUGGACAAAUGUUCCAACACCUAAAAAUCAUUUUUAUAUUCGUGGACCUCGUUUAGAAUUUCGUCCAUUUAAAUUAGAACAUCAUAAUCAAUACAAAUGUCUUAUUAAAUCGAAACAAUCAAAUGAAGUUUUACGUACCUUAACAUUUAAUACACAUACAAAUAUUUACGAACAAACAGAUAGAAAACCAAGCAUAAAUUUAACAGUCGAUACAUCAUACUUAUUGGAUACUGGUGAAUUAAGACUAAUUUGUAGUACAGAUAAUUUAAAUCAAUAUCAUCAAUGGACAUUUGAUGAUCAAAUACCACGAUCAAAAAUUCAUUAUGACUUAUCAAUGGAUGAUCAUACAUCAAUUAUGAUCAUACCCGAUUUUGAUCUUGAAGUUGAUUUAGGAAAAUAUGAAUGUUCAACAACAAACACCUAUGGUACAACAAUGAGAUCUAUUAAUAUUGAUAGUGAUAUGUUGAAAUCAAAUUGA